CGUCAUCACGUUAGCAUGGACCAGGCACACGCCGUACCCGUUAUCCCUAGGCUGUAUUGUGUACCGUUGCCAGGCAACGCGGAUUCGAGCUCCAGGUCUGAGUCGAUUCAAGUGCGUAAAUCAGCGUUAGCAGCGGGAGGAACGGCGUUUUCCGGGAUGGCAGAAGGACAAUCAAUGGACAGGGUUCUGAUCACAGAGAAUCCAGAACUGGAAACCUCACUCACCAACCGAACGCCUCCAGCCUAUGAGGAUCCUUAUCAACGCUCAGUGAAGUAUAUGGAAAAGCAUAAUAUUCUUCAGAUUUUUCAAGAGAUGACAGAGAACCUUGUGUUUGAGAGACCAGAAGAUCCUCUUCAGUUCAUGUUAGAGCAGGUGCAGGCCAUGAUCAAGAACAAGGCAGAAGCAGACUGAAUUGGCCACUGUCCCGAAGAAAUGGAAGAAGAGGGAUGAAACCAUGGCAGGAGCCCAGACUACUUCAUCUGCCAGGUUCCACUAAACGAGGGGACCACACAGUGCAGACCACUGACUCUUCACUCACCACUGAAUGUAUUUGUGCAAGGUCUGGCACCACUGCUGUAAAAAACACCUGUUUCCAAAGUAAAGUCACUUUGCCCAGGAA